UCUCCCUGAAGUGUUCCAGACUAUAGAUCGAUUUAUAAAAAAAAAAAUGACACAAAUUUGAUUUAAGUAGAAUCUCUUCUUAUGUUUGCAUUGAGGUCUUUCCCUCAACCAUCUGGAUGAGUGUUGCAUGUACCCUUUUUUCCAGGACUGAAAAUUAUCACCAAUUGAUGAAAAAAAACCUUUGUCUCCUCUUCACAUCGUCACUAAGAAGUGACACGUACUGUUCCCUGUAGGAAACACCUGCAGAACUUUCUCAGAAUGGCUCUCAACAUCCCGGGUCUAGUCGUAAUGGCAUUGUUCUACAUCGUGAUUUUGGGUACAGGCAUUUGGGCAUCCAUGCGCUCCAAGAGGGUGGAGAAAAAAUGCACAGGAGGCGGCAUGGAGAUAACACUCUUGGCUGGACGCAACAUUAACUUGCUUGUUGGGAUUUUCACUCUUACUGCAACGUGGGUGGGUGGAGGUUUCAUUCUAGGGAUUGCUGAGGCAACAUACAACCCAACACUUGGUGCAGUUUGGGCACUCAUGCCUGUGCCUUAUGUCGUGACCUUCUUCUUAGGUGGCUUCUUCUUUGCCAAGCCUAUGAGAGAGAACAAGUACAUGACAAUGAUGGAUCCUUUCCAGAAGAAAUACGGGAACGUCCUGAGCAGUGCACUCAUCUUUCCUGCGCUUGUGGCCGAUGUGCUUUGGGUGGCACGCACACUUGUCAGCCUGGGUGGGACCAUGAGGGUGAUCCUGGACCUGCCUUAUGUCUACUCCAUCAUCAUCUCUGCAGUGGUGGCCAUCGUCUACACCCUGCUGGGAGGGCUGUACUCUGUGGCCUACACUGAUGUCAUCCAGCUUAUCCUCAUUUUUGUUAGCCUGUGGGUGUGCGUUCCCUUUCUGUUGACCAAUCCUCACUCCAUGGACAUUUCGCUCACAGCGUACAACCAGACUUUCCAGGCCCCCUGGGUGGGCACAGUGGAGCUCAAUGAGGCCGGCAAGUGGUUUGACGACUUCAUGCUGCUGGCUCUGGGCGGAUUGGCCUACCAGGCGUUCUACCAAAGAAUCCUUUCCUCCUCAUCUUACACCCAGGCUCAAGUGACCUGCUUUGCUUCAGCAGCCUUCUGCCUGGUGCUGGGUAUCCCAUCUAUCCUGGUUGGGGCUGUGGCUGCAUCUACAGACUGGAACUCAACUACAUAUGGAUUGCCCAGCCCGUAUGAGCGCAGUGAAGCGGGAUCCAUUCUCCCUAUUGCAUUGCACUUCCUCACACCCACCUAUGUGUCCGUCAUUGGCAUUGGAGCUGUUGCUGCUGCUGUCAUGUCCUCCAUGGACUCCGCCCUACUCUCCUCGGCUUCGUUGUUCUCUUCAAAUAUCUACAAGAACAUCAUCAGGAAGCAAGCCUCAGACAACGAGAUGCAGUGGGUGAUCCGGAUCUCAGUGGUAGUGGUGGGUUUAGCUGGCACUGGCCUCACCUUCUUGGACAGCAGCGUCUUGGUCUUCUGGAUCGUGGGCGUAGACAUGUCCUACACCAUAAUGUUUCCUCAGCUGGUCUGCGUCCUCUUCUUUAAGGUGUCCAAUGGUUAUGGAGCCUGUGUGGGCUACAUCCUGGGCUUCGUCAUGAGGGUCCUGAGUGGCGAGCCACUCAUAGGCCUACCACCCGCCAUCAGAUUCCCUGGCUGUCGGUUGGACAAGGAGGGGAAAUUGACCCAGUUCUUCCCCUUCCGCACAACUAUAAUGCUCAUGUCAUUGCUGUCCAUUUUAUUCUUUUCUUGGUUGGCAUCCCAAAUUUUCAACAGAGGCCUUCUGUCAAACAAGUGGGAUGUGUUUGACAUCAAACGCAUGGAAGCGCAGACGGCUAGGGCUUCAGAUAGUAAACUCUCAGAAAGCAAAGAGGAUGGCCCUGCAGCCAAGCAGCUGCUGAACACCACCAGUUUGUAAAGAGGCUGAGGUCUGUGUGCCAUAGAGGGGGAACAAUAAAAAUAGAUUCCGCAACAUGCACAAUUUCUGUAAGUUCAGAUAUCGUAAGUUUAUAAUGAACACUUAUGGUGAUAUGUCACUGGAAUGAAGGCACUCCAGAUAUUAAGAUCAGUUUUAAACAGAAAGCCAUUUGAAACAUAUUUUAUAUAAAAGUAUAAAACUCUUUUUUUUAAUUGUUAAAUUUUAAUACAGAAAAAAGCUCUUUGCUUUAUACCUACCAAAGAAAAGAGUUGCCUAUUUUUGAUAUGUUUAAACAAGAUUACAAGUUUACUGUAUGGACUGUUUAUUAAAAAAAACAAGCACUGUCUGGAAAACAAAACAAAAAAACACUGCAACACACAGAUACAGUGUUGCAGUUAUUGCAUUUUCUCUGCUUGUGAAAUCUAAAGAGGAUUGAAAAAAACAAGAAACCGCCUCAGUUUCAUAGCAGAAGAAACAUGUUUACACAAAUCCACAGUAAAUAAAUCCACAGCCUCAUGAGAGAGGUGGUUUAAAACAAUAAUGUUGUUUAAUUAUUUGUAUUGCAGAACCUAAUACAUUUCAAGAAUAAAAUCUUAUGAAUUAGUUUCCAAUAUGUUGUUUUAAUUUCAUUGAGGUAGUAGACUGUAAUGCAUGCAGUCCAAACACAGGAUCUGGACUUGUGAACACACAGUUUCAGUUCGCUGGCAGAGUCAGGAUGUAUAAUAUCACAUUAGCAAUUAUAGCUUAUUAGACAGAAUAUAAAGGAAGUUUUAAACACAGGGGUCUAGUAAUUAUUUAUAUUUACUCAGAUAUAUUUAAUUGAGUAACAAUAAAAUAUGCACUUUUAUGUUGUAUGUUUAUUGUGCCAUACUUUUUAUUUUUACUUAAGUAAUAUUCUUGUAAGGUAUCGCCCUCCUACUCUAAUAAAAUCUCUCCUUUGUCCUCUGUGAGUAAUUUCACCUAUUCUAGAAUCAGGUAAACAUACAGUAAACAGCAGAUAUUAACUGUGGAAGUUUGUUACCCUGUCCUAACAUAUAUACAGUUCUCAUUGGAAAGACUGGUUUUCUAAGUGUUAUUUAAAUAGAACAAUAUAUAUUAGUCCUUGUGCAUAAAUUUGUUCUUUUAUAUCCAUGAAAUUUAUUGUUAUUCUUUAGGCAUUUGAGUCUUUAAAAUGCCUGAAUUUAUACAUUAAGUCUGUUUGCCAGCAUCAUUUAUAAAAAAUAUAAUCUGAUGUUAUUGUCCAACAUUUACUCAGUACUCAAGUAGCCUUUUUACCCAAAACUUUUUUUUACUUGGGCAAAACAUUUUAAAGUAGAGCUAUUUUUACUUGAAUACAACUUUAGGGUACUGUACCCACAUCUGGUUUUAAAUAUGUAGAUACUGGUAUGUCCCACUUUGAACAUGUGUUCUCUGCUCAACCACAAAAUAAACCUAGAAAGGCUGUUUUGAAGUAACGAUUUACCCCUUUGUGUUUGAUAAAAAUACAUUUUUGGUGAGGCUAAACUGUUAGCCUUAGCUUGGUCAUUGAAUUGUGUCAUUGUUUUUGUAAAAUAAAUAUAUAGUUUAAAAAAUGUCUAGACAGAGGGCUAUAUUAGAUAUUAGUAUUGUCACAAAGGGGGAGGUUUGACAGGAGGACCCAAAUGCAGACUGAGCUGAAGGAGUUUACUUGAAGGUUUAAUAACAAAAGUUCAACAGAAGUAAAAGUCCAAAAACAUAAAUCCAGCAAAAAUCCAAAAAUUCUGAAAACCAGGAAUACUCACAACAAGAAGGGGACAAAGUAAUGACAACAAAUCAGCAAAGAGUGACUGAGCAGAAGGAGAAUAAAUGGGAGAGAGAAACAAAGAACGGGCUAAAUAGCAGAUUGGAAGCUGGUGUGAACAGAGGCAGGAAGGGAGCUAGGGUAAAGGAGACUGAGACAAGAGAGCAAACAGGAAAUAUCUAAGAACUCAAAUACAAUCAAAAAUACCUAGAACACAAGAAUCGAAAUAAGACCAAUGAAAACUCAGAGAUAAAACUUAAACAAAACCAAAACCAUGACAAGUAUAUUGGCAUGUCAUUGAAAUUUUGCUUUUGUUUUUUGGAACUUGAAGCCUGAGGUCAUAACUUGGUUUACAAAUCAAGAGGUGUAGGGUCCUCAGAUCAAUUUCAGAAAUCAAAAUCAAUAACCAUCCAAAGGCAAAGCAUAUUAAUCACAUAAACAUCAGACGAAAAACAACAUUUCUGCAUAGAUUUAGUUUUUCCUCGUCAUCUUUCCCUGUUUUAACUGAUUUAAAACUUUACCCAAUUAAUACCUUGGGUCAUAAGCCUUUUACACUUUUAUGUUUGGGGGUCAAACCUGAAUAUUAUGGAAACCCCUGCUGUACAGUUUAAGCAGUUAAUAUUUUAAGUUUUUUAACCAUAUUCCCUUGAUUCUUUUCUUUGGUUUAUGUCAGGCAACAUUGCUGGCUAUAAACAGUGCUCUAAAAUGUCCCAGCACAUAUUUGGUAAGAUGUUUCUAAAUCUUUGUAGUUCAUGAGUUGGUUAACACAAGAAAUUGGAGAGUUAAAUCUGAUAUCUUUGCUUGUUGUGGCUGUGGAUGAAAUAGCUUUAGACUCAGUAAAAGCCUUAGUGAGAGGGUUUGUUUUGCCUCUAAGGUUUCAGGUAAUCCUGCACUUCUUACACCUUUCUGUCAAAUAGUUCUUUUUGUUUUGUUUUUAAACAGAUACUUUCCUGAGACACCGAAUUUCAAAGUGCUUAAUUUUUCUAUAUUUGAUGAUCAGGUUGUUAAAACUUUUAAGUUUCCAUCUUUAUGACAUAAACUGACUUUUUUAUUGUGCAAAGAGAUUAUUGUACAUUUGUAAAACCUGGCAUUCUUUGUUAAUUAUCAUUAAUAAUAUUGCGUUAUGUUGUACUUCCUAACAGCUGUUUAAUUCACUUUGCUGAUACCUAAUGGAGGGCUAUCAGUGACUUUUAUCCAAACAAAGAUGAAUAGAAAACGAUCCCUAGGUUGGCAUGCUGGAAACACAGAUAUGCAUCCUUGAUUUUAUAAAUCCAGUACUGAUUUCUACAUUGUAUGAUCAUUUUGAGCUGUAUAUUGACAUUUUUGUAUUAUGGUUUAGUGGAAUGUAUAUUUAGAAAUGUUGAUCUAAAUUUAAAUGUCUGCCUUGAGUUUUGCAGAACAUUACAGUGUUUUUUGUCCAUCAGAGUAUCUUAACUACACAGUUUGCCUUUGUGUGAAUAAACAUGCUUUGGACAUAACAGAUUGGCCUAAGAGUAUCUUGGAGACAUUAAUCCAUCCUUAGUGAGAUACGGCUGGAUAACUGUACCACACUUUAUUUUGGCAUUAGUGGGUCCUUAAUCAGUCUUCAGGUGCAGAAUGCUUGUCGAUAUGUUUUAUCUCAAAAAGAUUUGAGUACAAUCUACUUGCUGCCCUUCCAUUAUAGGAUCAGUUUUAAGAUUAUGUUAUGUGAGAUCUAGUCUUCUUAGUUGAGCCAACUUUUAGCUCUUGUCAUUACCUAGAACCUAGCAUAAGCUCAGAGGGGACCUGGUCUUCUCUGUUGGCAGUCUUAAACUGAUCAAUGAUCUGCUACUGUACAUUAGAAAGUAUUCUUCUCAUCCUUUUUCAGUCUUUUUUUUUAAACAAUAUUUUCUCUCUGGCUUUUUAAACUUAGUUGGGUUUUGAUUUUAUGUCGAUUUAUGUUGUUUUACAUUGUUUUUU